AAUUAAAAACCUUAGUACGGCAAGCCAUUUCCUUGGGCUAUUGGCGAGCCCAUAUGAGUUCUCUUUCCGUUGAAAUUUCAUUGCAAAACCCAUGGCGUAGGGUUUUAGAAGGGUUUAAGGUUUAACUUAAUUUUUCUUCUUUACAUUUCAAUCACUGUCUUCUAUGAAACUCUCAUGAUUACCCGCCAACUCCGUAAAAUCAUCAAGCAACGGUCAACAACCUCAAGGACCUUGCACUCAUCUAAAGAUGUUCACCAGUUAUUCGACGAAAGUCCUUACUCAAAACCAGCCUCCAUAUGCCCUGUUAAUCACUCUCUGCCCUCUCUUUUGCACGUUGAUCUCCCCUUUAACGCCUUCAGCAAGCUCAAAGGACUGCUUAAAUUGGGCAACUUUAAAGCCAUUGAUGAAGUUACCGUGGCUCUCGCUCUUAAGGAUUCUUGUGGGAAUUCAAAACAGGGGACCCAGGUUCACAAAUAUGCAAUCACCUCUGGGCUCACGUCCUUUAUUACGGUUCCAAAUUCAUUAAUGAAUAUGUACUCUAAAUCUGGGCAGUUUGAUAAGGCUUUGUGCAUUUUUGAGGGCUUAAAUGAUCCGGAUAUCGUUUCAUGGAAUACUCUGCUUUCUGGGUUUCAAAAAAGUGACGAAGCUUUGAAUUUUGUUUUAAGGAUGAAUUUGAAUGGGGUUGUUUUUGAUGCAGUAACUUGUACCACAGCUCUUUCUUUCUGUUUUGACCUUGAAGGCUUUCUUCUCGGGUUGCAGUUGCAUACUCUUGUCAUGAAGUCCGGAUUAGAUUGUGAGGCCUUUGUGGGAAAUGCGCUUAUAACAAUGUAUUCAAGGUCGAAGCGUUUAGACGAAGCUCGGAGGGUGUUUGAUGAGAUGCCAACCAGAGAUUUGGUUUCGUGGAAUUCAAUGCUUUCAGGGUACAGCCAGGAGAGUAGUUUUGGCAUAGAAGCGAUUUCAUCGUUUAUUGAAAUGGUGAGACAAGGGAUGAAGCUUGAUAAUGUAUCAUUUACUGGCGCGGUUUCGGCUUGUGGUCAUCAGAGGAACUUAGAGGUUGGUAGACAGAUUCAUGGUUUGUGUAUAAAAAGAGGGUAUGGGACUCAUGUAUCUGUUUGUAAUAUUUUGAUGUCAAUGUAUGCAAAGUGUGAGGUUGUUGAAGAUGCAACAUUGGUAUUUGAAAGAAUGAAUGAGCGUAACGUGAUCUCAUGGACCACAAUGAUUUCUAUUGAUGAAGAGGAUGCUGUACGCCUCUUUAAUGAAAUGAGAUUAGAUUGUGUUUAUCCAAAUGAUGUUACAUUUGUUGGAUUGAUCCAUGCCAUAACCGCUAGGGGAUUAGUGGAAGAAGGCCAAACGGUUCAUGCGUGUUGUGUAAAGGGUAACUUUUUGUCAGAAUCAAAUGUUUGCAAUAGCCUUAUCACCAUGUAUGCUAAGUUUAUGUUGGUACAAGACUCUAUCAAGGUUUUUGAGGAACUUGAAUGCAGAGAGAUUGUCUCAUGGAAUGCUUUGAUUUCUUGCUAUGCCAAAAAUGGAAUGUGGGUGGAAGCUGUGAGGACAUUUUUAUCAGCAGUCACAGAAUGUAAGCCAAAUCAAUACACAUUUGGUAGUGCCUUGAAUGCAAUUGGUUCUGGUGAAGAUAUAUCUCUUAAGCAUGGUCAGCGGUGCCACUCUCAUUUAAUAAAGGUUGGAUUUACUACCGAUCCAAUAGUGUCCAAUGCUCUCCUCGAUAUGUAUGCGAAGCGUGGGAGCAUUUCCGAGUCUGAAAAAGUUUUCAGCGAGACUCCUCAAAAGAGCCAAUUUGCUUGGACAUCAAUUAUAUCCGCCCAUGCAAGGCAUGGAGACUAUGAUUCAGUGAUGACUUCAUUCAAAGAGAUGGAAAAGGAAAAAGUCAAACCUGACUCAAUCACUUUUCUUUCUGUUCUAACAGCGUGUGGCAGAAAUGGAAUGGUUGAUAUGGGUCGAAAACUCUUUGACUCGAUGCUGGCAGAAUAUCAGAUUGAAGCAUCCUCAGAGCAUUAUUCUUGUAUGGUGGAUAUGUUGGGCCGUGCAGGUAGAUUGAAGGAGGCAGAGAAGCUGAUGGGUCGCAGUCCAGGAGGGCCAGGGUUGUCUAUGCUGCAAAGCUUGCUGGGGGCUUGCACGAUACACGGAAACGUAGAGAUGGGUGAGAGGGUAGCUGAUGCUUUGAUGGAGAUGGAGCCCAAUGAGUCAGGUCCGUAUGUGUUGAUGUCAAACUUGUAUGCUGAGAAGGGAAACUGGGAAAAGGUAGCGAAACUGAGGAAAAGGAUGAGGGAGAGGGGAGUGAGGAAGGAAGUGGGGUUUAGUUGGGUGGAUGUUGGUGACAGCAACAGUUCAUUGUCUUUGCAUGGGUUCUCAUCAGGUGACAAGUCCCACCCACAGUCUGAGGAGAUCUGCAAAAUGGCAGAAUGCCUGGGAUUGGAAAUGAAACUUCUGAGAGAGAAAGACAGACGGAAAGAUAUGGAAAUUACAGUAUAACACAUGAGCCAUUGGGAAUUCCUUUGUACUCGUAGUAGUUCAAAAUAUUGUUUCUAUUGUUUUUUUUUUCCCCUUUUUGAAGAGAUCAUUUGGGAGGGUUUAGAUUUUAAGUAGCGUCAGAGGAGGCCCAAGCCGCCAAACUACAUGCAUUCCAGCUCUAGCAUGAAAACAGAAUACAGAAAGUG